AUGAGUCUCAAGAAACCUACCAUGCCACCGCGUGUGUCUCUCGGUGUCGAGCUCGAGUUCUUCGUCGCCUUCGUCCUGGAAGGAGAACCCGACCCUGAUGCGGACAUCAAAGACGAACUGCAGCCGCUGAUUACCGUUCCAGUGAACUGGGAAGAAACUGAGGCGUUCAGCAAGGGCAGCGUUUUGGAGAGGAAAUACGAGCCGAGGAUGGGGUACAUCCACGAUUGCAUCGAACGUGCUCUGGCCGACUCAGGGCUGCCUGUGAAGGGUGGCAGAGGGAAGUAUGGUAAGCCCGGUUCAGCCCAAGCCAUCCAUGGUGAAGAUAUCAUGUCAGCAUUCCGGGUUGUGGACGAUGUCUCUCUCCACUCGGAUCACGUCGACGGAUACCGCUGGCAGCGGGUCGAGUUGAACUCCCCAGCCAUGUACGACAUGAAACUGUCCUACGACAUGAUUCGACUCGCUAGGAUCGAUGCAAGGACUUUGCGGCAGUUCGCCGCGCUGUUGUGGGCAGCUGACCCCGUCAUCAGUAGACUUCACGCCCCUUGGCGUUCUGCUGCCGCAUACAGCCAAUCCGCUCGAGUGAAUGAGAUCAACGAUCUCGGGAAGGGCCAUGGCCCCGCACACGUCAUGGUUGACAAGCUCACUGUGCAGGGUGGCAAUACCGGCGCCGAAGACGGACACAGGCAGAUAUACAUGAAACAGACGGCCGACAUGGCUCCAGCAGAGUUCAAAAAGGCCAAAGUUCUUGGGAGAGAUCGUCGUCUUGGUGAGCUAAUGGAAGUAGACGUGAGCUCGGAAGCCAUGUCGCGCGAGAUGGGCUUGGAUGAGGAAGAUGACAUCGCGCUGCUUCAGACAGAGCCAUGGCAGCAUCAACAAGACGUACCUGAAGCCAAAGAAACCAAGCGUAGCACCGGGGAUAAUGACGAACAAAUCGGAUCUCCCCAGUUCACUUACCAAGCCCCAGUGCCGAUGCCGAGGAACUAUGGCAAGCCCACCUCCGGCACCUUGGCCCCUCCCCGGCCCCGCCCUCCACCAAUCGCACGCCGCUACCCCCGCGUUCCCGGCACGAUGCGAAAGGACAUUCGUGAGGACACGAGCUUUUGGGACGCACAUCGUAUGAUUUGCGGAGGGGCUGUCGAAGUGCCCAGCGACAGGUUUCCGCCGGCCCGGUGGGAUGUGAUGUCUGGCGUUCGAGACCUCCUCGGAGCCGACCUUACAGUCGCCCAGAUCGGAGAGCUCAUGAAGCACCCGUGGUGUCCUAAGAACAUCAACUACAAGUUCGAUGCGUAUAGUCUCCGCAACGUCAAUGCCCAAGGACCGAGGAGAGAGGACGGCACAUUCGAAGACAACACAGACUGGCGCUCGAACCCAAUGAACACUAUCGAGUUUCGCGAGGCGGCGGGCUCCCUCGACAUGGAGUGGAUCGCGACGUGGGCGCGGAUCUGCUGCCGGCUGCUCGAGUGGAGCCGGGACGCGGCGUCGGCCGAGUUCAUGUGUGUGAUUCGGCUGCUGGCGUGGGCCCAGGAGGAAGAGGGCGCAGAGUACGAUGUUGUCGACUUUUUGAUCGACCUGGGGCUCUUGAAGGAGGCGCGAUUCUGCGAAGCGAGACUUCAGAAGGGGGGAACAGCGUGGUGGGAGUGUCUGAACCUCGGCAUGCCCGGGAAUGCAAACAGAGACAUAUCCACGUGGGCAGAGAACGAGGGCGAAGACGAAGUGCCGUGGUCCCGCAGUGAUGGCAACGCGAGUGCGUACCCGGGGGUUGGCGGUGACUCGUUCGAGGAGGCCAGAUUCUACGGGAUUGCUGGGGGUGGUUGGGGGAACGAGGGUGAGUAUCAGGGUGCUGAGGGAUGGGAUGAAGACGAAGAAAAGGAGUUGGAGCCGCCCUAUGACGUGGAAAAGCUGCAGGGGCUUGGUGAGCCGGGCUGCCAUCUUUUUGAGCUGGAUGCUCUGGAGACUCAGAUCACCCAACCUGAUGGCGUCACUCCCAGCGGGGCUGUUGUGGGCGGCGGUGGUGCGGAGCAAGGUCUUGUCAAGGGGCGGGAUGCUGAAUCGGAGCCAGAAUCGGAGUCGGAGUCGGAGUAUGUCCGGGUCGAGAAGGGGUAUCCCAAGAAAAACGUCGUGAACGAGGAGGACGGGUUUGAGAUUGUGGAAUCCGAGGAGUGA